UCGCUGCGCCACGGCUCCGAGUUCGCGCUGUGGAUCGCGUUCAUGUACCUCUGCGACCGCACGGACCUCGUGCCGCGCGGCGCGAAGCACACGGACCCGCGGAGCUUCUGGCUCCUCUGGCUCGCCAUCUGCGUCGCCGCCGCGUGCUCGCUCCGGAGCUGCCGGUCGCCCAAGGUGCUCGCGCGCGAGCAGACCGAGGAGUGGAAGGGCUGGAUGCAGCUCAUGUUCCUCCUCUACCACUACUUCGCGCAGGGCCAGCUCUACAACGCGAUCCGCAUCUACAUCGCGGGCUACGUCUGGAUGACGGGCUACGGCAACUUCCUCUACUACCGCAAGAGCGGCGACUUCAGCGCCGUGCGCAUGUGCCAGACGCUCUUCCGCCUCAACUUCUUCGUCGUCGUCGUCUGCGUCGCGCUCCGCAACGAGUACAUGCUCUACUACAUCGCGCCGAUGCACACGCUCUUCACGCUCUUCGUCUGGCUCGCGCUCCGCGUCGCCAAGGACCGCAACGGCGACGACGCGGUCGCCGCCGGCAAGAUCGUCGCGACGCUCGCGGCCACGGCGCUCCUCUACGACGUCGAGCCCGUCUUCAAGGCCGCCUUCGGCUGGCGGCCGCUCCGCGACCUCGUCGCCUUCCACGACCCGCUCCACCCGGAGUUCAGCGACGAGCUCCACGAGUGGCACUUCCGCAGCGGCCUCGACCGCUACAUCUGGAUCUUCGGCAUGGCCUGCGCGCUGGGCCUGCCCUACCUCGAGCGGCGCCUCGGCGCGCUCGCGGCGCUCGACGACGGCGCGCGGCGCGUCGCGGCGCACGGCGCCGCCGCGUGCGUCGCGCUCGCGCCGGCCGUCGCCUGGGUCGCGCUCGUCUUCCUCAAGGACAAGUACGCCUACAACGCGCUCCACCCCUACACGUCCUGGGUCCCCGUCGCGUGCUACAUCGUCCUGCGGAAUUUGACGCCGGGCCUCCGGUCCAAGUACCUCCACCUCUUCACGUUCCUCGGCAAGGUCACGCUCGAGACCUACAUCCUCCAGUUCCACAUCUGGAUGAAGACGACGGGGCUCAACGGGAGCCCCAAGUUCCUCCUCGUCGUCGUCGAGGGCCACUUCUGGCUCAACUUCGCCGUCGUCUCCGCGGUCUACUUCUUCGUCUCCGUGCGCGUCUUCAGGCUCACGGUCGCGCUCCGGGACGCGCUCAUCCCCGACGACGGCGAC